AUCUUCAAUUACAGUAGAACCGCGUUAUAACGAAGCGGGAUAUAACGAACUAAUGGAUAUAACGAAGCAAUUGUAAUUCCCCUUGAAAUUCCCAUAGACGCCCAUGUAUUUAAAACCUCGUUUUAACGAAGCGAAAAUUUCCUCACAAUGGAUAUAACGAACCAUUCUUUGUCCACAACGAGCAUUUACUGAUCAUUUUGGUAUACGUGAAUUCAAUAUCUCAUAGCGCGCGACGGUUUACGUCCCAUCACUGCUGCGGUAAUUCAAAACUCGCGCCUUGCGCUCCCCAGGAGCCGCCUGCCAACACGCGCGUGGGUGCGCGUCUCCCUGCCUCCCCUUUCCUCAGGAACUAAUGGACUCGCCCGCGCAGCAACUCGCGCGAGCGUGCGCGUCAGCCGGCCUCCCCUCUCCUGUGGAACUCAUUGACCCACCCGCGCAUCUGACCUCCUCCUCCGACACGAGAUGGACACGAGAUGGACAACGGCAAACGUAAGCGCAAAACUAUAACAAUCGAGCAGAAGUCGGCAAUGCUGAAAGCCGUUGAAUCCGGCGUCAAGAAAAAAAAAGUGGCCGAAGAUUUCGGCGUAUCGUUGAGCACGCUGUCGACGAUCUUAAGCAAGAGAGAAGCUAUUACCGGCGCUGUUGCACGUGGCGUCAAAGGCGACCGAAUGAAGCUGCGAGCCCCCGCCUUCGAAGCUGUCGAGAAGGCGGUGUUCAACUGGUUUUUAGAAAUCAGAGCAAGCGGCACUCCUGUGAGCGGGGCACUUCUGCAGCAGAAGGCAAGGAACUUCGCGUGCAUCAUGGGGCACAAUGAUUUUGUGGCGAGUGACGGCUGGCUGCAGCGCUUCAAGGAGCGCCACGACAUCGUCGGCAGGGCUGUCAGCGGGGAAUCGCUAUCUGUGGACCGCGAAGCUGCAGUGGCGUGGAUCGAGAAGAACAUUGGGCAGCUGCUCGAAAAAUACAGCCCCAGGGAUUUGUUCAACACAGAUGAGACUGCCCUGUUCUAUCAGAUGUUGCCGCAAAAAACCUUGGCCCUCAAAGGUGACCGCUGCCAGGGCAGUAAGCAGAGCAAGGUCCGUGUGACCGUGCUACUUUGUGCGAAUAUGGACGGGUCCGAAAAGGUGCCGGCCCUCGUGAUCGGCAAAAGUGCAUCACCACGAUGCUUCAAAGGAAAGCGGAAACUCCAAGUGAGUUAUGUGUCCAACCGCAAGGCCUGGAUGACAAGAGAGAUCUUCGCACAAUGGCUGCGUGAGUGGGACGAGCGGCUGGGCAAGCAGAACCGCAAGAUAUGCCUCGUCCUGGAUAACUGCGCGGCCCACCACACUACCGUUGUGCUUAAAAACAUUGAACUGUGCUUUUUGCCGCCUAACACUACUGCGGUUGUGCAACCCCUCGAUCAAGGUGUGAUCAUGAACUUUAAGUCGGGCUACCGCAAGCGUGUCAUCGACCGAAUUUUGCUCAAUAUGAGCAUGAAGCGCGAGACAACGAUCGACCUGUACAUGGCGAUCGAGAUGUUACAAGCUGCCUGGAUGGCCGUCACUGCAAGCACGAUCGCCAACUGCUUCCGGCAUGCCUCAUUUGGCGUCAGCAGCGGAGAGCCCAGCGAAGAUCUCGGUGAUGUCGCCAGUGAGGGUGCCGCGGGCGACCAGGCCCAGACGUCGUGGGACGCUCUCCUUGACGCCGGCGUUGUGCCUGACUGCGACACAUUCUGCACGUACGUCGGUGCCGAUGCUGACGCGGUGACAACUGAAGAGUUGUCAGAUGCGGAAAUUGUGCGCGCAGUGACGGGGGUGCAUAAUGACGACAGUGACGAAUGUGUCGACACCCCGGAGCCUAAUGUUGGCGAACCCGACGAACCGACGCCCGCACAAGCGCUGGAUGCGACAGACCUGCUGCGCCGCUUCUUUGGUGCUCACGAUGACGGCGAGGACGGACUCGAAAUAGCGGCUGCAGCUGAAAAAGCAGUCAUCCGCUUGAAGAAGAGUCGGCAAAAGUCUAUUAAGGACUAUUUUUCUUCGAAGUGAUCUGCCAGCUGGUGUGCUGAAUUUGGCGGAAAUAAAGUGCAUUGUUCUUUAUUAUUUUGCUAGUUUUUUGCCUUCUGACGGCCGU